AUGGGAACAAAUUCAUCUCUCCGACCUCGACCAAUUAUCAUCAAAUUUAAAAGUUUGCAAGAACGUGAUGAAGCUUGGUCAGCCAAAGUUGGAUUGAAGGGGACUGGUAUAACAGUGUCCGAGUUCUUGACCAAACGCAGGCACAAACUUUUCUUGGAAUGCCGCGAGAGGUUUGGUCUGCACAGUUGUUGGACGCGUGGAGGUCGCAUCAUGGUCGUAGGCGCAGAUACUAAGCGACACACCAUCACUUGUCGAGCUGAUCUAGACGGAAUAGCUAAGUCUCAUUUGGCACAAUUCAAAAACACUGAGGCUGUGCCUUCUGCGAAUGCACCUGCUGGUACUACAGGCUCAUAUGCUUCGCCUCCCCAUAGUGCUAAACAGAUGACUUCGAGGCGUCAAAGAACGGCGGUUCCUCCAAGAAGAAACUGGUUUUUAUUUCAGAUAUACGACUGGGAUAAGAAGACGCAGAGCCUUAUCCUGUCAUCAUUCUUCUGGGGCUACGUGGUGAUGCAAAUACCAGGUGGAGUUAUGGCAAAGAGAUUUGGAGGCAAACCUAUAUUGUUAAUAGCACUUAUAGUGAAUGGGUGUUUGUGUGCCUUAUUACCCAUUUUGGCUGCUGCGGGCGGCUGGAUGUUGGUAUGUGCGGCGCGAGUAUUAAUGGGUCUAACACAAGCCUGUCUGUUCCCUGCUACCCACACAUUACUUGGACAAUGGUUCCCGCCCAGUGAACGCACGAGUAUUUCUGGAUUCGUCUAUGGAGGUGUUCAAGUUGGAACAAUCAUCGCCAUGCCAUUAUCUGGUGUGCUUGCUGAAACAUAUGUGGGAUGGACAUUAAUCUUCUACACAAUGGCUGGCAUACUAUUCUUCAAUAUGGGACUAUGGUACUGGUUCUCGGCCAGUUCGCCUGGCGAACACAAGAUGAUAAGCAAGGAGGAGAGGCAAUAUAUAAUGAGCUCUCUAAAUAGUAGUGGAUCAGAGAAAUCUAUGCGUACUCCUUGGAAAAAGAUUUUGACGUCAGUGCCCCUGUUCGCCAUAUUAAUAAGUCAUAUGGCGUGUAACACUAGUUUUGCAUUAUUCUUCUUAGACAUGCCAACUUAUCUCGAAAGAGGAUUGCAAAUAUCUUUAAAGAACGUAACUAUGUUUGGUAUCGCUGCUGGUCUCGUGGGGUUGUCAUUUGUAAACCCUGAGAACAAGAGUUCAGCUAUUUUAGCAAUCGUCAUUACUCUAACUAUGAGCGGUUUUACCACUGCUGGGUUUAUGGUGAACGUCUUGGAUCUGGCGCCAAAUUUCGCUGGCGUGUUGUUCAGCAUCACAACAUUUGCAGCCAACAUAUGUAGCGUCGUGAUGCCAAUUAUGACCAGCUAUAUUUUGCGCAAUGAUCCAGUGAGUACGGCUUUACAUAAAUAUUAA